CGGGACGCGGGGCCGGGACUCCGCCGGGGGCAGCGAGGUCGCCGCCUGACGCUCGCCGCUGCGGGCCGCGGCCGCCGCGAGCUGGAGGAGGCUCCACCCACAGGUGGAUCUCGGAGCCGGGGAGGGAGGCUGGGUUCCGGCCCCCAGGCGCCACCAUCGGAUCAGCCUGAGCCCCGCGGCUGUAUUGCUUGACCAUUCCUUCCGGAUAGCGCUUCCCUUCACCAGUUUUUCUUGGAAUUGGACAGAUGGCAACCACCAUAAUGAUACUGUAUGUAGCCAAGCUAAAUAAAAUAAUUCACUUUCCUGAUUUUGACAAGAGAAUUCCUGUAAAGCUGUUUCCGCUGCCUCUCCUCUACAUUGGAAACCACUUAAGUGGAUUAUGGAGCACAAGUAAAUUAAGCUUGCCGAUGUUCACCGUGCUCAGAAAGUUUACUAUUCCGCUUACUCUACUCCUGGAGACCGUCAUACUUAGGAAGCAGCACUCCCUGGAUAUCGUGGUCAGUGUCUUCGCCAUUGUCUUUGGGGCUAUUGUGGCAGCUGGUUCUGACCUUGCUUUUAACUUGGAAGGUUAUAUUUUUGUAUUCCUGAAUGACAUCUUUACAGCAGCAAAUGGAGUUUAUACCAAACAGAAAAUGGACCCCAAGGAGUUAGGGAAGUAUGGGGUGCUCUUCUACAAUGCCUGCUUCAUGGUUAUCCCCACUUUCCUUAUUAGUGUCUCCACCGGAGACCUGCAACAGGCAAUUGAAUUCCAUGAGUGGAAGAAUAUCCUUUUUAUCCUGCAGUUUCUUCUGUCCUGUCUUUUGGGGUUUCUGCUGAUGUUCGCCACGGUUCUGUGCAGUCACUAUAACUCGGCCCUGACCACGGCUGUGGUUGGAGCCAUCAAGAAUGUGUCUGUUGCAUACAUUGGGAUGCUAGUUGGUGGAGACUACAUUUUUUCUCUAUUAAACUUUGCAGGAUUAAAUAUUUGCAUGGCUGGAGGCCUGAGAUACUCCUUCCUAACCCUGGGCAGCCAGUUAAAACCUAACCAGACUGACGAGGAAAAUGUUCCCCUGGACACAAAGAGUUAAGAACUGGUGCAGAAUUGCAGACUGACUUGCGGACCGGGCACAGGGUGGGCAUUCCAGGCUGGAUUGCACAGGCCGAGGUUUCAGGCCUCGGACCUUCCCUGUCCUACUCAGAGCACACAUGGAACCUUUGCAAAUCACAGCGUGAUCUCUGUUUGGGGUCGCAGUGAGCUGCAGAAGGAGCUCCAGGGAAGCCAGGAGAGGACACGAUUCCUGCCCACCUGUGCUGCCCUUAGCUGCCUCCCGAGGUCCUGCCUCCUCCCCAGGGCCUGGCCUCCUGGUGAAGGUGCCACCACAUCGAGGUGCUAUGAGAACAGCUCUGUUGCCUUCAGUUUCAACAAACAUCUAUUUUAAUAAAAUCGGCCUAUUAUUUGUUAGCUUUGAUGUGAGUUAUAUUGGCAUAUCUUCCUAGUCAUCUGAGAGAAAUAAAGUCAUUUCCACGAAUGCCUCACUCUGAGGUGUUGCUGGCAGCUGGGAAAUGACUGGCCACUUCUUCAGAACACAGAACACCCAGGUUCAUGGGACAGCUAGACACUCCUUGUAGGCCUUGUGUUAAGAGAAAUUGCAAUGUAUUUCAGAGGAAAAUUGCACAGGAUGAG